AUGAACCGGGAAAGGCUCUCUCCUUACUACUGGGAUUUGCAUCCCUUGUCUGUUCAGACCAAAGCCACUUUAGUUCUCAGCAUGGAAUUUGGCACGUCAUACUCUGCAAAGAAACUGAGGGAGUUUGUAGAUCCUGCACCCAUCUUGCCACCGGGCUCAGUUGUUCAUCCUGGAAAGGAUGUCUAUGGAUUCUCCCAAGCAACUAAGACAGGCCCAGAAGGCACGUGCAUCCGGAGGAGCUCCAGAGUAAGCUUGUGUGUCAAAGCAAACCCACCUUUCAGUAAACUGCAACUGGCUCCAGUAAACUAUGAAGUUAAAACUCCAUUCCAACCUGACUUUGACAAUUCAGCUCGCAGGAAAUACCUGCAUUUUCAAAAAUUAAUGUAAAAGACCACCAACGACUGGUACAAUCAAACUUCAUACAAAGCAGUGUUUGACUUGCCGUAUCUCAACACAACUAAGUAA